AUGACGGAGAUAUCGACACAGACCAUAGUAUCUUGCGACGAUAACAACGAUAUGGUGUUCUCCUGGUCCAGUACCAGUGACAUUCUCAUACAGACGUUUGCGGAGGUUAUCAACACAAUGGGCGAAGAGUUAAAACUCUCUUUGAAGGAUAGCAUCCACACGACUAUCUCCUCAAACAUUCUUAAGAAGGUCUGUGUCCUAUCUACGGUGUGUAAAGACGUGUACUCCAAGCUAAGCAGCUCACCAAGCAAGGCUGUGCUAAUGAACGACUCUGAAAGUAUGGUAUUUUUAGAAGAUUCUCCUAAAUUAUGCAAAGUUUUUGUCCAGGGUGGCCAGGAUGUGCCGUCAUGCUCCAAAUCCCCCUGUUCGUUUGACAUCAGCCGAAUGUUGGAGUCCGACAGAAAGGAGAGCUUUGCUGAACAAACUGAGAAAGAUGAGAAAGAUAUUGACCAAAUAAAGGAGGAAGACAAGUGUUUCGCUUCGUCGUUGAAGAGCCUGCACGAUUUAGAACCGGAGGGGAACAAACUCCUGGGGUUUAACCCACCGUCCAACUACAGGAUGACGCAUGGAGAAGUUCUCAACGCUCUGAAAUCGCUUAACGACACCUUGCCCUCGUUCACUCGACCCUCCUUCCUACCAUUGGCUGGUUUGAACAAACCCAACGCUCAGAAAAAUAUCUCCAACGUCAUUGACAACAGUUUAUUGCCUCCCUGUGUCACGGACAUCUUCGACAAGAAGUCAACUGCUUUCGAGAGUUACAAGAAAUCCCCUGUUUUACUGGGUGAGACUAACACCCUGUUCUCUGUGGAAUCUCCCUCUCCCCUCUUCUCCCUUUCUCCGCUCAAAUACGAUCUUUCCUCCGAGGGUUUCUCAGGCCUGACAGACCGCAGCCUGCUGAACGGGCAUCUGGAGAGUGGCACCAAGAACUGCUUCAUGGACUCUUCUUUGGCUAAGCAGUCUGGUAAGACAUUCUACACCUGCCACCGAUGUAAAAUCACCUUCUUCGGAGAGUCAGAGUAUGAAGAGCAUAUAAAGACUCACCCGAAAGGUAAAUACAACUGCAAGUUCUGCCCGAUGACGUUCAAGACUCCGACAGGGUUGACGGUACACGAGAAUGUCCACACAAGACGCCAAGUCUGGUUGUGUCAGCUGUGUGGCAAGACUUACUCCUCCAGGGCCAGCUACAUCCAGCACCUUCAGGUGAUGCACAGUUCAGGGAGAAAGUACCAGUGCCCAGUGUGCGGCAAGAUGAGCAGCACAAGCAGCAACCUCAAGGUUCACAUGGUCAUACACAGCAACGCUAAACCCUUCAAGUGCCCACAGUGCGACAUGACAUUCAAACGCAAGGGCUGCCUCAAGUCGCACUUCAUCAGACGGCACCCAAACAAGGGCGAAGGUAAGAGUUCACCUCAGCUUGAGUCCGAGUCCAGGAUGGAGAUUGAGCGGCAGGUCAUGUGGCUGCUCCUUUAUGAUUACUGUUUCCACGUGCCAGUAUGA